UGAAAGGUAGCCAUCCCAUCCAAGAAUCAUAAGACAAGAGGAAAGAGAAGCAGGUGCCACCCUGCCCUACCAGGCACCAUGACUGAAAACCUCUACCUACAGAGUGAGACGAAGAACCUCUCCAGCAAGGAGGAUGUCUCAGAAAGUGUGUUCUUCGCUGAAAAUGACAACAGUCUGUACUUCACAUACAGUGGGCAGUCCAACACCCUGGAGAUCAGGGACCUCAACUACCAGGUCAAUGGGGACUCCCAGAUGCCAUGGUAUAAGCAACUUACCGAGUUCAAAAUGCCUGGUAUGUGGAACCAAGGCCAGGAUUCCCCUGUGCCUGUGAUCCAGAAUCUGAAUCUGAAAGUCAGGAGUGGGCAGAUGCUGGCUAUCAUGGAGAGCUCAGGUUAUGGAAAAUCCUUCCUGCUGGAUGUGAUUACCUGCAGAGAACAUGGAGGCAAAAUUAAGUCGGGCCAGAUUCUAAUUAACGGUCAGUCCAGCACGCCCCAGCUGGUGAAGAAGUGCAUUGCCCACGUGCGGCAGCAUGACAACCUUCUGCCCAACCUGACAGUCUGGGAGACCUUAUUAUUUGUCGCGAAGCUCCGACUGUCAAGAAACAUCUCAGACGCCCAGCGCAAAAAAAGGGUAGAAGAGGUGAUAGCUGAGCUGCGGCUGCGGCAGUGUGCGAACACACAAGUGGGGAAUGAGUACGUGAGAGGAGUGUCCGGUGGUGAGAGGAGACGAGUCAGCAUUGGGGUGCAGCUACUGUGGAAUCCUGGAAUCUUAAUAUUGGAUGAGCCUACAUCGGGCUUAGACAGCUUCACAUCCCAUAACCUUGUGAAAACUUUAUCCAGAUUGGCAAAAGGCAACAGAUUAGUGAUGAUAUCACUGCAUCAGCCUCGCUCGGAUAUCUUUAAGCUGUUUGAUUUGGUCCUCCUGAUGACCUCUGGGACUACCAUCUACUCAGGGACAGCCCGGGACAUGGUGAAAUAUUUCACAGAGAUCGGCUACCCCUGUCCAAGGUAUAGCAAUCCUGCAGAUUUCUAUGUUGAUUUGACCAGCAUCGACAGAAAGGACAGACAGCAAGAAAUGGCCACCAGAGAGAAGGUCAAGUCCCUUGCUACCUUGUUUCUGGAAAAGGUUCAAGGUUUUGAUGAUUUCUUAUGGAGAGCCGCCGAAGGGGAAAGUGCAAUGAAUGUGUCCGUGGAGCCAAGGUCUCAUAUCAAUUCAAAGAAGUCCAUUAACUUGCCAUCACCUUCUUACCACCUACAACCAGGGAUGAUGCAGCAGUUCGCCAUUCUAAUUCGUCGACAGAUUUCCAAUGACUUCAGGGACCUGUCAACAUUGCUGAUCAAUGGGUUAGAGGCCCUUGCGAUGGCCAUGAUAAUUGGAUUUCUAUAUUAUGGCCAUGGAGAAAUCCAGCGCUCCUUCAUGGACACUGCUGCUCUCCUGUUCCUGAUUGGGUCUCUGGUUCCCUUCCCAAUGAUUCUGCAUAUUAUUGCAAAAUGUCACUCUGAAAGGGCAAUGCUUUAUCAUGAACUUGAAGAUGGGAUGUAUUCUGCUGGCCCAUAUUUCUUUGCUAAGGUUUUGGGAGAGCUUCCAGAGCACUGCGCUUACGUGAUCAUUCAUGCGAUUCCGAUCUAUUGGCUAGCAAACCUCCGACCCGAUCCAGAACACUUCAUCCUGAGCUUCUUGAUGAUCUGGCUUGUGGUCUAUUGCUGUCGGACCAUGGCGCUCUGGUGUGCGGCCUUGCUGCCAACUCUCCACAUGUCCUACUUCAUGGUCAAUGCUCUGUUCAACUCGUUUUACCUAGCAGGGGGCUUCAUAAUAAACAUAGACAACCUAUGGACAGUACCAGCUUGGAUUUCCGCAGUAUCCUCUCUCCGAUGGUGUUAUGAAGGAUUAAUGCAGAUUCAAUUUAAUGGAAUCACUUACAUGAUGCAGGUUGGAAACAUUACCAUCCCAAUACAAGGAAAACUUAUAGUUGAUGCUCUGGAUCUGAAUUCACAACCACUGUAUGUUAGCUAUGCUAUAAUCACUGGCCUCAGUAUUGCCUUCAUUAUCUUGUACUAUUUGUCCCUAAGGUUUAUCAAGCAGAAAACAAGCCAAGAUUGGUGAUAAAAGGCUGAAUACCUGGAAUAUGCUGCAGGUUAUGGUGUGGACUUGAGCUAUGUCACUAACUCUACCUCUCCACUGAGAAGUCCUUUCCUAAAGAUUCCUACUGGAUAAAGAGCAGCCC